CGCCAACAUGCGGGCUGGCGAGGAGCUGGACGGCUUCGAGGGCGAGGCCUCGACCACCUCCAUGAUCUCCGGGGCCAGCAGCCCUUACCAGCCCACCACCGAGCCCGUCUCCCAGCUCCGCGGGCUGGCCGGCCUCCGCUGCGACCUGGACUACCUGCGCGGCGUGUUCGGCCGCCUCAAGGUCGCCCAAGUGGUUUUGGCACUGAUUGCAUUUGUCUGCAUAGAGACCAUCAUGGCGUGUUCCCCUUGCGAAGGCCUCUAUUUCUUUGAGUUUGUGAGCUGCAGUGCGUUUGUAGUUACUGGACUUUUGCUCCUCAUGUUCAGUCUCAAUCUGCACACAAGGAUACCCCAGAUCAACUGGAAUCUGACAGAUUUGGUCAACACUGGACUCAGCACCUUCUUCUUCUUCAUUGCUUCUAUAGUGCUGGCUGCUUUAAACCAUAAAGCCGGAGCAGAGAUUGCUGCUGUGAUAUUUGGCUUCUUGGCGACAGCAGUGUAUGCCGCGAAUACAUUCUUAGCUGUGCAAAAGUGGAGAAUGAGCAUCCGUCAGCAGAACACCAAUGAUUACAUUCGUGCACGAACAGAGUCAAGAGACGUGGACCCCCGUCCUGAGAUACAGCGUUUGGAUGCGUGAGAGGGAACGUUCAAACAGGGCAGCCACGAAGGAGAAAAGUCCUCUUCCUCCUCCUCUCCACCACCUCCUCCUCCUCUUUUCUUCCUCUGCCUCCCCUCCUCAUCCUCCUCCUCCCCUUCCUCUCCCUCCUUCUCCUCUUUCUCUUUCUUCCCCCUUUGCCUUCUGCCGCCUCCUGAUGUCAUCUCUCCCAUUCUUUCAUCAAGCCAGAUCCAUAUCACCGAGUUAAGUUUCAUCCUCUGGAAAAGAGCAGCUCUCCAUGCCAUGGGCUGUUCAAAUCAACCCGGGCCCUGUUGCCCGAGGCCCCAGGCUGUGGAAGCUGCUGCUCUGGAGCAUUCCCAUGUGGUUCUGGGGCAUUUGGUCAGUCACCCUCUGACAGGCCAUUCACUGCUGCUUUGGGGGUUUUCCCGCCCUGCUCUCUACAGCAAACGGCUUUCCCCUGAAACUACCUGGUGCUUCAGUGUUCACCAGUUUUCACUGGGAAGGUGGGUGGAGAACUGCAUUCUGUUGGUUGAUGGGUUGAUUGGGGCAGGAAGCCAGGAGCUAAGUGGCACCGAGGGCAGCCCGUUGGGACCCGUUCCCCAGGCCAACCUGCAGCCCCUCCCCAGACUGCACAUGCCUUUCAUCCCUGAACAUUGUGGCAGAAGCCAGAGGCUGAAAUUGAGGGUCUUGGCAACCUGGGCUGAAGUGUCAGCCAAGACUUGAGGUGGGUAGUGGAGAAAGGAGGCCCCUGCAGAGGCGAAGGCCUGGUGCUUUCUAGAGAGGAAGCACAGUGUGAGUCUUGUUCUUCCCAGGCCUUUAGUUCAGCGCAGCGUAUUCAGGAGGCACUCAAUAGGCAGCUCCGCUACUGCUGCCAUGGGUGGUCAAAGCAGUAAACUGAGAGGCAGGAGGGCCAUUCUCAUCCCUGGCUCCAGCAGGAAAUCACCAAGUCACCUUGAGCAAAUGACUUUUCAUUCUUGGUCCCAGGGCCUCCCCCUGGUAUAAUCAGAUUGAAUUAUCAUUUUCACAUUCCUACCUCUCCUGGGAAUUAUGAUGAUAUGUAGGAAAGCAUCUGGAAAGCAACCUCCUCUCUUCAGGCAAGAGGAAUUCCAAAAGUCAGAAACAAAAAUGGCUGACUUUGACCAUAGGCUGACAACGGUGUAGCAUUUUGUGUGUGUGUGUGUGUGUGUACGUGUGUGCGCACACACAUGUACAUGUAUGUGUCUGCAUGCACAUGAACCUUUAAAUGCCCAAGAAGUUGCAGCUUCGCAGAAUUUUGUUGAAGCUUGAGAAGAUUUGAGAAUUGACAUAGCCCCCGAAGUUGAUCCUUGUGUGCUUUCCAAGGAGAUGUUUUAGAUUUCAGAAGUACAUGAGAGUACGCGCAUAGUAUGUGUGGAUGGAUGUGUGUUUGGGGAGAUGGGGGGCAUUUUUCCUUCUGCUUCAUGCACAGUUAAUGGGAAACCAAGUCUAGUCAUUUGGUGACUGACAACUGGACGGCCAUAUACCACACUACUCUCUUCCCCUGUACUGAAGAUGGAGAGGAAGGGCAUAAAAUUUGUCUUGUUAGAUUUUGCUUUUUGCAGUGUUUUAAUGUUUACAAACAGCUAUUUAGUUAGAGAAUUCUGAGAGCCCGCAUUGAGGGAACAGCCCUGCCGGGCGGAGGGGAACUUGAAUUUGAAUUUUGCAAUAACUUGCGCAGAGCCCCUGGGAUCCUAGUAGUACAUGGGUGUAUGUAUGUAUAUAUGUGCGCGUGUGUGUGUGUGUGUGUGUGUGUGUGUUCCAACAUACACGUAUCUAAAAUGUGGCAUUUAGUUUUUUGCAGGUUUUAUUGAAUGUGUAGUAGUUCACACCAUGGGGUUCCCAAACACCACCAUCAGUGUGCUGGAUUUUAAAUGAAAUGUGUGGCUAUACUGUAUUUGAAAAUGAAAACUGAGCUAUGUUGUGUUGCCUUCAGAGUUAUAGAAGACAUUCAGUUUGUUCCAAUGUACGACUAUUAGAGCUGUUAGUUGUUCUGAUUGAAUGAGUAUGGGCCAAGUGGCUGCCUAGAUUGGGUGGUGGUAUCUGCAAGACCUGGGUUGUCUUUCUACUGGAGGGGCACGAUUUCCUUGCAGGAAGGAGGAGGUGGAGCGUUAGUGGACAACAGCCAGGACUGGUAUCCAGAGCAGCCCCAGUUCCAAAUUCUGGCCCGGGAUGUGGGUGAUCCUGAAAGAGGAGUUGGCCAUUGAGGGUCGGUGGUCGGGAAAGGGGAGGGAGGAGGUAGAAGGCCUUAGACCUGUAGCCUUAGGCACAGCGUGCUCGGUUUCCAGUGGGACACCGAAGCUUCCACAUUCGCUGUUUGAAUUCUGAGACUGUGGCAAAGGAAGGUGGAGGUGGAUGGAGGGGGGAGGUCUUCCAUCCAUGGCUUUGGGCACAGAAUGACCUGCCUCAAAUGGGACUGCUGGGUGUGGGGGGGGGGUGUGUUGUGGUCAAUAGAGCUGAGGUUAAUGCCCCCCCACCCCCUUUCCUACCUGGACUUUGCGUCUCAGAGCAUAUAUUACGUCUUGUCCAGGUCUUGAGCAGAAAACAUGGCUGGGGAUGGGGGGGAGAGGGGGCAAUAGAGUCAGGCAAGUGAGUCAAAACAUGGGUCUUGUGGCCAAGUUGCUGUUGAUAGAAGGAAGGCCGGUAGGCCUCGAUAGACCAAUACCUCCAGGCUGGCCCAGGCUCAUUCAGCUCAUUGCAAAUUCCAGGCCGUAAAAGGCCAAAUAAUCAGGCCAUUUUGAUGGGUCAUAGAGUAACCAGGGAGGUACAUUGGCUUGUACCCACCUGACAUUCCCUGGUGGUUUCAGUUUGGCUUUGCAAUUGGCUGGUCAAGAGGCAGAAAGGCUAGUGUGGCCAUCUCCCCUUGGUAUCCAGCCUGGUACUUUGGUGUAGAGUGGCCUGCACAUGUGCACGACCCACAGAAGUUCUUCACGAGAGGGGUGACUGCAUUCUGUCCCCAGGAUUGGUGCUGGGAUUGUGGCUUCACUUGGAUUGGAAAAUCAUCUAAAGUUCAGAGCAGCAUAUGGGCAUUGUGCAUGCUAAAACUCAUUUUCUGAAAAAAGUGAUAUAUUUCCCUUUUGUAAUGUUUCCAUGCCAUUUCUGGACCAAAGAUCAUUUUAAUUUUUUUUUUAUAUGACCAAAAGGCCUUUGCCUCCCAGUACCUUCAAGGGGUAAAUUUGGCUUUAGGGUGCUGGAAUAUCAGAAUCAAUGUGGACCAUGGUCAGUUGGCCACUGCAUUUUGAAAAAAGAGCUCGCACUCCCCCUCUUGAAUAUUUUCAAAACAAAGUUGCCCCAGAGGAUAAUUUUUUUCCUUCCCCUUAUCUCUAUCCAUUUUCUGCCUCAAUGGCCAUUCUUCUUUCUUCCUCUUCAGUCUCGCUUCCUCCUGGAGGAUACGGGAAGCAGAAACUGGCAGGACUCAGUUUUUUGAAUGGUAUUUGUUAAGCGCUUACUAUGUGUCAAUCAGUGUUGUAAGCGCUGGGGGAGAUUCAAGUUAAUCAAAUUGGACACAAUCCUUGUCCCGCAUGGGGCUUGCAGUCUAAGGAGGAGAAAGGUGCAAGAAGACACUGAUGCAAAGCAAACCCCUUCAAUGGGACUGGUUUGAAAGUAGGACACUGAGGGAAUGAGCCUCCCUGCUGGGCACUCAGUCACUCAUGCGCUUCCCACCCCCACCCCAACCACCCACUUUGGGGCAGCCAAGGCACCCAGCUUGGGAGGUCUCCCCCACCCACAGGGACUCCAUGGCCAAGGAAUGGUCCCCGGCCCCUUCCUCUGCUCUUCUGGGGAGGAGAAGAGCCUCAGGACUGCACUCUGCCUGUCACAUCAGCUAACUAGAAACCCACCCAGGUGUACCGUACUCUUUCCAAACACUUUUCUGAGGCAAGAGCACAGCUGGCCGCAGCUGAGGAAAAAAAAACCCCAAAAAAGUGAGGGCCAUGCCAUUUGCAGUCAGUCACCUGCUGGGAUUGAAAACUCCCUCCAAGUCACCAGCUUCUUCACUGCCUCGAGCCUGGGCUCUUCUGCCAUCUAGCAGUUGGCCCCCAUCUUUUCUAGGAUCCCAGAGAGGGUCCCACCUUUACUCCUUAGCCCAGCCACAGCUGGCGGCUGUAGGGACUAACUGAGGAGAAAUGGGAGGCCUGGGGAGAAACGCUCUAUGAGGAGGUAUAAGCCCCUUGUGAGCCCAUCUCAGACUCAGUUUGGUGUCUAGACCCCCCUUGCAAUCUUACGUGAGACGAGCAAGCGGGAACAUCACCCAACCUUCCUCCGCUGAACUUUCGUGGUGGCUGAGAUGGAUGAGUGAGUGGAUGGAUGAAUGGAAAGAAUUUCAGCUUUAUAGCUUCUCUUCUUCCUUCCCCUUCACAUCUUCCUUUUCCUCUCCUUUUUAGAAACAGACCUUCAGAAAUGUCCCAUUGUCUUUUUUGCCUGAUUUACAGCUGGUCCAUCCGAGUCUGUCCUCCCAAUAGCCAAGCCUGAUAGAGGGGAGCGGGGAGGACAGAGAUGGUUUCUUCUCCCAGAUUGAAGACAUAACUCUUCUUCAGGAAGGUCAGAACUUGAGUAUUUGAGAGGGCGAGGCCCCUGUUUCGUUUCAUCUGUUGGUGAGAAAAGCCUUCAGAUCGCAAGGCAGCUCAGAAGGGUGUGAUGGCGGGCUUGGACUCGAGCUGGGCCACGAACCCUGUCUGAUCUUCCAUUUUCCAUCCUCUUUCUCACAGCCCUUCCUGGGGCCCCUGGGCUUCUCUGGGGUUAUGAUGCAGGUGAAUGAUCAGGGCUGAGACUGUUCGCUGGACAGGGCAACCCAUGGUGGGGAUGGAACUGGGUCAGGCUAGGCCAGGGGCCGAGGCGGCGCCCUGCUGAUCCUACUCACUCAGCUCAGAUCAGCCAAAGUACAGCCCUAUGAUUGCUGCUUCCCCAUGGGAUGCUUCCUGCCCUGGGACACUCAGGAUGACCGUUGCAGGCCGGAGGAAUGAGGUUGCGUCCCACUCUGCAGUAGCACCAGGAGCCUCUCGGCAACGCUUCUGUGUUGGACUCUGGGGAGGACGAGGGAGGCCCAGUCUGGCCACCGGUCUCCGGGGUGGAAACUGUACAUGUUCAAGGGCACCCCCAGGAUAAUGGUUAAACUAUUUAUUAGUCCGUGUAUUGCUGUGUGUGUAUGUGUGUGUGCGCACACAUGCGUGUAUAUAUCUGUUUUGAAUCAUUGGUGAUUCAUCUGUAUUUUGAGCAAAUAUCAAGUAACUACUUCACCUUUGGUGCCUUCCAUGUGUCUUAGAAGCACUUGUCACUCAUGCAGAUGAAAAAAGGUGACAACAUAUUGUCCAGUGAUACUAUUUUUGUAGCGUGGUUGUUGUAGCUUGCCUACUGCUUUCAGUGAUGCCUGCUUAAACAUUCAGCCCUUUCUGGUCUGGGCUCAAAGGAGUCCAUGUGAGGAGUUGAUGAGGAAGGCCCACCUCACUCUUUCUGGUUCAGCAGUCAGAAUGCUGUGAGGAGGUUCCCAGGCAAGAGGCUCAGGCCGUUACAUUCCAUCGGACAUUUGGGGGCAUUUGGGGACCCACCUGGGCAGUCCAUCCAGCUAAGAAUGGGGCCACCCUUUUGGGGUCAGAUGUCUUGUUCUUUUGUCAGCUUUUUCACUCUUGUUGUUACCCCCUCCCCCACCAACACACCCACCACUUGAAAUUCCAUGUUCACCAUUUUUCUGACUUCUCCUUUCCCAGCUCUUUCCAGGUUUCUGGACCAGAUGAAACAGAGCUUCACUUUACUUGGACAGCACCAUAGGUUCUGCUUUUAUUUUUCCUUCCUGCAAUAGAGCUGGGUUGUUUUGCCAAGGAAUAACCUUGCUCCUUUUAGGCAGGGAAUGUAUCUUGUGUUUGUGUGGUCCUUUCCCAAGCACUUAGUCUAGUGUGCAGGGUCCCCAGUGGGCACUCAGUAGAUACUAUCAUUACUACUGCUAGUGACUAACAUGUUAAAUGCCGGGGUGGAAGGAAGGUGGAAUGGUUUGGAACUUUCCAGAACAGGGAGCUGUAAAACAGAAAGUGCCCAUGAGCCUGUUCCACCUGGAACUGUUUUUACAGUGAAUGGGUUUGGGUUUUUUUUGGUGAGAGUGAGGGGGUGGGGGUUUUGGGGCUGAACUGAACUGCCUGGACCGGGCACUCCAUGAUGACCUGAUGGCAAGGCCGCCCCUCACUGGUGUGAGUCAAGAAGCAUCCUCAGGCCUGGUGUGGUGCUGGCCCGAGCCUGGAGCCAGGCUGCAAAAUCCCAGGCAGCCAGUUGACAACCAGCAGCCUGUCUGUGUCCAUGGUGACCUGCUCAGAGAGGGGCUGGGAGGACACCAUCUCUGUCAUGGCCUGGGGACCUGUGGGUUCCCCAACCCACCCUCACUCCAGAGUGCCCUGUUGUAAAGACGUUUUGGGGAAGUUUUGUAUUUGUUUAAAAUUUUUGCAUUCAAACCUGGAUUCUUUUUAUCAGUCCAAAUCUUGUUGAGAUGGAAGUGGGAGUGCAGGAAGAGGGAACAUGGUUAAGGCAGGAAAGAGACAACAGAUGAAAUUCCAGAGUAGGGACCAAUGAAAACCAUUGACCCUCUAGCCCUGCUCCAUCUCUGGUCACCCUUUCAGCAGUACAGAGAACCAGGUUCAGAUCAGAUGGGAACAAAUAGAGCCUUCCGUUUCUUUGAAAUGAAAUCUUUCUUUUGAUGCUUCGACCAUGAUAGAGACACAUUCACUUCUUAAAAUUAAUUUUCUAAAUGCAAUUAAUGUUCUUUCAUACAUUAUGUUCUUUGGAUCCUUCAAGCUGAGGAUGAAGGAUGCUAAUUUUGGGGGUGAUGCUAAUUUUAUUUGUCUUUUUGUCUGCCUUAAAAGGUAUUUCUAAAGUAAGGCUUUUAACUUGUUUUGCUUGUCAAAUAUUUUGUAUAUGGGCACAGUGAAGGGUGUGUUUGGUAAUUUCUUGAUUUUUUUUUAAAUGAAGUAUUCUGUCCUCUUUAAUGUUUUUCCUCUUGAUAUACCAAAAUACUGUGCCCUGCAAGGUUCUGUGUACAUGAUUGUUUUCAUGGUGGGAAAAUCUGUAUUUUUGUAAGUAAGGAAAAUCAUUUUCUGGACACUAAUCUCUGACCAAUGUUGUCUGAAUUGAUUGUGAAAGGUUUCUUUAAUAAAUGGUCAUGUUUAAAGUGCUGCCA